AGUGCAAAACUGCCAACAUAGCUAACGAAAAUUUAAACAGCAGCAACAUGAAACCACCAAAACGACAAAGAAAACCUAGGGGGAUGCCAGGACAAUCACUAAAUAAAAAGAAGAAAACACAAGAGACCAUACCAGAACAAUCAGAAAGCACGGACAAGGAGACGGCACCAUUCCAGUCUGAUCUAAGCAGUAUUUCUGUGGCCAGUGGCAGUGGCAGUGACCAACCUGUAAUAGACCAGACCCCACCACCAAGUCAAAACCCAGUACCUAGGCAACAUAUAGCUUCAUCCGGUAUGUUUAACAAUACAACAGGUUUAAGUGAUCAUAAUAGGGGUUAUUCACAGGGUAUUAAUUUAGAAAUCGUACAUGAAAGUGUAACACCAGUGUACACAUCAAGUGUAUUUGACUCUGUAGGUGCCCAUAUACCGGGUAAAAUUAAGGAAAAGAUUUGGGCCGGAGAAUAUAUUGAUUUAAAUAUUUUACUUAAAUCUGCAAAAGAUUUAGCCACAGACUCCCAGUUAAAUGGCGAUCUUUCAGUAAAAGGGGGGUUAUUAACUAUAACUCCACAAAAACAGAGCACCAUUACAAAUUUGCACGUGUGGACAUCUGCAUUCAUCAUCUUUAUGGAUAUAGUCUUAGAAAAAUGGCCCAAUAAAGGUCAAGAAUUCCUGAAAUACAUGUUUAACGUUCGACUAGCUUCAUCUAGAGGGUAUGGCUCAGGUUGGGCUAUAUAUGAUGAACAAUACCGCCUUCGUAAGGCAAGAUGUCCACAAUCGUCUUGGGCAGAGCUAGACAUGGAGUUGUGGGUUAUGUACGUCUCUACUCCUCCAAGAUUUGCU